AUGGCUGUCGACAAAAAGUUACAAACAUCUACGUCCGAAGGGAUUUUAGAGAACGUAUGGGCAAAUUUCAUUGGUGAAGAUUGGCAUACAAAUGACGAAACAGAGAUAAAAAGAUCCGAUGUUUCCAAAUCAUGGGAGGAAUUGCCGAAUCUUGAUCUUGAUAGAGAUCACGAAUCAUUGGGAUUUUUGAAAAGGCUACCAAGCCUAGGAAGAUGGAUAUCAAUGGGAGCGGACGAAUGGGAAGAAAUCCUUGAUGGAAUUGUCAUUCCUUCAAAUAUUUUGGAUAAUUCCUGCGACUUUACUUCAAAAGGUAGUAGCAUGAGUAAAAAUUUGUCAGAAGUUCAUGCUGACAAAGUUGAUAAACGUUACAGGGGAGUCAGGAGACGUCCAUGGGGAAAGUAUGCAGCCGAAAUUAGAGAUUCAUCAAGAAAAGGAGCAAGGCUUUGGCUUGGAACUUUCAAAACGGCCGAAGAAGCAGCAUUGGCUUAUGAUAAAGCGGCAUUGAGAAUUAGAGGACCAAAAGCUCAUUUAAACUUUCCUGUCCAAUUCGUAGAAAAUGAAUUGGGCAUCACUCAUCCACAAAAUGAUUCAAAUGAUCUUUUAGGAAAUUCUCAAGGGACUAAUUAUUCGACACAUAUUCAUAGCUUCCAAGCCAAAGAUUGCAAUGCAAAUAAAAGGGCUUUUAGAGAAUGGGAUGAACUCAAAGAAGAGUUAGUCAUGGAUGGACCAUCACCAUUGAAAAGAUCCGAAACCUUGGAAGGAUCUUAUUGGGAUGGCAACAUUUUUGAGGAUCAUGAAGUUGGUUAUUUCGAUAAUAUAUUGUCCAAAGGCUACGAAGAAACAAAAUUUUUAGAUUUAUGA